AUGUCUCGAGCGCUUCUCCUACUCGUCGCGCUAUCCGCGUUAUUAGCAGCCGCCGCCGGCGCCGCUGCUGCGACUAAGCCUCCCCGCUCAGGCGGGGUCGUUCUGCGCGGCGGGGACGGCAGCGUGACCAGCGGCGCGGCAACAGCUGGCGGGCGCGGCGGGAGCGGCGAUUCCCACGCCGUUUCGCAUGGCGACUCGCACGACGAUUCGCGGCACGGCGGGUUUCCUGGCGGCGGGAGUGACGAAGAGAGGGAGGAGGAGUACGGAGGCCGCGGCGGGCAUGGCGGCCCGGGGCAUGACAACGACGAGGACGACUCGCCUGCUGAUGACGACCACGAGAACGAGCACGAGGGCGAGCAUGAUACCGAGGAUGAGGACGGGGAUGACAGCGAGCAUGGGGGCAGUAGCAGCAGCCAUGGCGGCGGGCUGUGCGGGCGGGGCGGGUGCAGCAACGACUCAGGCGAGGUGGGGUACUGGAAGCUGCCAGACUAUGGCCGCUGCUCCAUCGGCACUGGCAGCACCAGCGGCAGCGCCAGCAGCAGCAGCAACGGUGGUGGUGCGCCGAGGAAGGCGGACGAGGCGUGGUGUGCGGGGGCGGCAGUGGGCGUGAAGGAGUGCUGCAGCCGAUGCACCAGCGUUAAUGCCACGGUGGACGGCACGCCCUUCAACUGCCGCCACUGGGUGCACAUCCCGUCUCCCAACUCUCACAGCCGCAGCAGCAGCAGCAGCAGCGAGCAGCGAGGCAAGUGCGUCCUCAUCCCGGCCGUGGACGCACUCACGCCCGAGAAGGCCCGCAAGGGGCGGUGCGGCACCAACACGGGCGGCGACACGGUGCGAGUGGGGCGGCGGUGUGCGUGUGGCGAGAACGACCCGCACUUCCUGGGCGCGCACGGCACGCGGUUUGACUUCAACGGGCUGCCCAGGCGCUCCUUCUGCCUCUACACCGACCGCCACGUGCACGUCAACAUGGCCAUGCGCGGCUAUCUGGAUCACCGCCCCCUUGCGCUCGCACCCGCUGCUGCUGGGAACCGUAGCACGCUCGCUGCGGCUCGUUUCGUCAACGGUUCGGCGGUUCGCACGUGGAUCCGACAGCUGGCGAUCAUGUGGCACGACGGCGAGAGCAGCAACAGCAGCAGCAGCGGCAGCGGCAGCGAUGCUAGUGCCGGCAGCAGCACAAGUGCUCACUCUCUUGUGCUCACGGCACGGGAUGGCAAAGAGCAGACUCGUGGCACACAAGGCUUCCUUGCAUCCGCCACUCUUGACAACAAGCCUCUCCCGCACCUCACCCUUGGCGAGACCCACGUUCUCUCCAACGGGCGGCUGGUUCUGUCCUUUGUGGGCCAGGAGAAGACCGGCCCGUUUGACGUGGACGUGUACACCCUCCGCCUGAAAAAUCUCCUGGAGCUCGAGCUGAAGCUGCGCGCGGCGCACCCUCUGUUGCAAACACCUGAGGACGCGCAGGUGCACAUCAACCUGAUGUUUGUGGACUCGAAUCCGAGCAGCGAUGUGCACGGGGUGAUGGGGCAGACGUACCGCAGCGGCAGGGAGCAGCGCACCUUGGAGUAUUCUAGGCUUGCUGCUUUGCUGCACCACCCCGUGUCAGUGGAUGGGGAGGAGGGGAAGGGGUUUCUGGAUGGGGAGGUGGGGGAUUAUGAGACGUCGGGAGUGACUGCUACUGACUGCAGGUUCACUGCUUUUAAUGGCGGCCAGCUGCCUGGACAGGCAGAGGAAUGA